GCGUUCGUCGAUCAUAGUGUGCGUGGAAAGUCGUGGGAAUAGGAAAUCGCGGCAGGUAGAGGAGCGUCCCACCGUUAGCUUUGUGAUUUUGUAACGACAAUGGAUCCGGAUUUUUAUGACGAGUUUGGAAAUUAUAUUGGGCCUGAAUUGGCGUCCGAUAGCGAAGAUGAAAACGACUAUGGGAAUGCCGGUGACGACACCGAGGACAGAGAUCGAUCGGAUGAUGAUUUGGAUGAAGAUAAAGAUGAGAAUAGAGAAAAUAUGGAUACGAACACAAUGGCAGUUGUGCUUCACGAAGACAAAAGGUAUUAUCCCAGUGCGUUGGAGGUUUAUGGACCCGAUGUGGAGACGUUGGUUCAAGAGGAAGAUGCUCAGCCUCUUGAUAAACCGUUAAUCGUACCAACGAGGAAAGCUAAGUUUCAAAUUAAACAGCAGCAGCUGCCGGAGACAACUUAUAGCAUCGAUUAUCUCGCCGAUUUGAUGGACUGUCCCGAUUUGAUACGCAAUGUUGUAUUAUUGGGACAUUUGCAUCAUGGUAAGACUACACUGGUAGAUUGUCUAAUUCGACAGACUCAUCCUUACAUGCACUCGGUUACGGACGAAAAGCCCUUGAGGUACACUGACACAUUGUUCACAGAACAACAGCGAGGUGUUUCUACCAAAGCUGUUCCAGUUACGCUUGUCUUACCUGACGUCAAGUCCAAAUCUUAUCUUCUAAAUGUUUUUGAUACGCCAGGGCACGUCAAUUUUUCUGACGAGGCUACCGCAGCGAUUCGUAUAUCGGACGGUGCGGUUUUAAUGGUCGACGCUGCGGAAGGUGUCAUGUUAAAUACGGAAAGACUGUUGAAACACGCCUUGCAGGAAAAGUUGGCAUUGACAGUCUGCAUCAAUAAAAUCGAUAGACUUGUACUGGAGCUAAAGUUACCCCCUCUCGAUGCCUACUAUAAAUUACGUCAUAUUAUCGAGGAAGUAAAUAGUUUGAUAGCCCUUCAUUCGGAUAUGGAGAAUCCUGCAUUUGUUUCGCCAGCUUGUGGCAAUGUUUGCUUCGCAAGUUCGGAAUAUAACGUUUGCUUCACGUUGAAGUCAUUUGCCGCACUUUAUGCCAAAGAUUAUCCAGGAUUAAAUGUAAACGAGUUUGCCAAAAGGUUAUGGGGAGACGUAUACUUCAAUUCUAAGACACGAAAGUUUACGAAAAAACCGCCUCACAAUACAGCUCAACGAAGCUUCAUCGAAUUUAUUUUGGAGCCACUGUAUAAAAUAUUUGCUCAAGUUGUUGGUGAUGUCGAUACUACUUUGCCCGAAGUAUUGGAUGAGCUUGGAAUUCAUUUAACAUCCGAGGAAAUGAAAAUGAAUAUCAGACCAUUGCUUAGAUUGGUGUGCACCAGAUUUUUGGGAGACAUGUGCGGAUUUGUUGAUAUGUGUGUUACUCACGUACCCAAUCCCAAGACCAAUGCUUUAACAAAAGUAUCGCACAUAUAUACAGGCCCAACGGAAUCUUCGUUAGCCCAAGAUAUGAUAGAUUGUAAUCCUGACGGUCGACUGAUGAUCCACAGCACAAAAAUGUACCCGACCGAGGACUGCACGUUGUUCGUCGUUCUCGGAAGAGUCAUGUCGGGGACGUUGAGCGCUGGUGAGAGGGUACGAGUUCUGGGCGAGGCAUACACACGUCAGGAUGAGGAGGACUCCCGGAUCUUGACUGCCGGCCGACUGUGGAUAAGCGAGGCUCGCUACAAUAUUGAGUUGAGCAUGGUACCAGCUGGCAAUUGGGUGCUAAUCGAGGGUAUCGACCGGUCGAUCGUCAAGACAAGCACGAUAACGGAUCUUACGGACUCGGAUGAUCUCCACAUCUUCCGGCCCCUGAAAUUUAACACCCAGAGCGUUAUCAAGAUCGCGGUAGAGCCCGUGAAUCCCUCGGAGCUGCCCAAGAUGCUGGACGGAUUGCGCAAAGUAAACAAGAGCUAUCCUCUACUGGGGACCAGGGUCGAGGAGAGUGGUGAACACGUUGUCCUGGGUACCGGGGAGCUUUACCUCGACUGCGCGAUGCACGAUCUGCGUCGCAUGUACUCGGAGAUAGACAUCAAAGUGGCCGACCCUGUGGUGGCAUUCGCGGAGACCGUGGUCGAGACGAGCUCCCUUAAGUGUUUCGCCGAGACCCCGAACAAGCGGAACAAGCUGACGAUGAUCGCCGAGCCCCUGGAGCGCGGUCUCGCGGAGGAUAUCGAGGCCGAGCAAGUGAAGAUUACUUGGAACAAGAAAAAGCUUGGCGAAUUUUUCCAACAAAAGUACGACUGGGAUCUUCUAGCCGCUCGAAGUAUUUGGGCUUUUGGACCGGAUGCAACUGGUCCGAACAUUUUGGUCGAUGAUACUUUGCCCUCGGAGGUAGAUAAAUCAUUGUUGAACAGCGCUCGUGAAGCCAUAAUUCAAGGCUUCCAGUGGGGAACUCGAGAGGGACCGCUGUGCGAGGAACCCAUUAGGAACGUCAAAUUCAAAAUUCUGGAUGCCGUUAUUGCUCAAGAACCCCUUCAUCGCGGUGGCGGACAAAUCAUUCCUACGGCGAGGCGAGUAGCCUAUUCGGCCUUCCUCAUGGCGACUCCACGUCUCAUGGAGCCCUACCUCUUCGUAGAGGUUCAAGCACCGGCUGACUGCGUCUCCGCCGUGUACACGGUGCUGGCCAAGCGUCGUGGUCACGUGACCCAGGACGCUCCAGUGCCAGGCAGUCCGCUCUACACCAUCAAGGCCUUCAUUCCAGCCAUCGACAGCUUCGGCUUCGAGACCGAUCUGAGAACACAUACCCAGGGUCAAGCCUUCUGCCUCUCGGUCUUCCAUCACUGGCAAAUUGUGCCUGGCGACCCUCUCGACAAGAGCAUCACCAUCAGGCCUCUCGAGCCCCAGCCGGCGACGCACUUGGCCCGGGAGUUCAUGCUCAAGACACGGAGAAGGAAAGGACUAUCGGAGGACGUGUCGAUCAACAAGUUCUUCGACGAUCCUAUGCUGCUCGAGCUCGCCCGCCAGGACGUACUUCUUAAUUAUCCGCUGUAAAAUCGGCUGUAAGGACACCGUCCUUAACUGGCCUUCCGCUCUACCAAUGAUGUCGGAACUUUCGUGAAUCCGGCACGCAAUUACGUCGGGAGCCACCCACUCUCCUCUCAUUACGACUGACAUCCGCGGCCCCAAUGACUUUCAUUUAAUGGUCUUAUUUUAUUCUGCAAUCUGCGAGUGGCGAGAGAAGAGCAAUUUCGAAGUGCGCGGACGAACGAUUAUUUCGUUCGACUUUUAGGAUCGUAGGUUACCUAUAUUAACAGUUGCAUCUCAAUCGAGGAAUCUCCGAGGCAUUCUGAUCGGUUAUCCCAGAUCGAUAUCAUGCAACGAGAUCCGAAGAUUUACAGCCUAAAACGAAAAGAUA